CUGAUUGGCUGAAGCCUCCCUGCACUGGCACGUGAUUGGUAGAUCAGAGCUCAACCCAGUUUCUGUUUUCAGAAAAUGAAACUCACACAGUCGCUGUGACUGAGAGCAGAAAUGGAGCAGAAUCAGAUGGACCGAGAAACUUUCUCCUGUUCGAUCUGUUUGGAUCUACUGAAGGAUCCGGUGACGAUUCCCUGUGGACACAGCUACUGUAUGAACUGUAUUAAAAGACACUGGGAUGAAGAGGAUCAAAAACGAAUCCAGAGCUGCCCUCAGUGCAGGAAAACCUUCAUACCGAGGCCUGUUCUAGAGAAAAACAUCAUGCUAGCAGCUUUAGUGGAGCAGCUGAAGAAGACUGGACUCCAAGCUGCUCCUGCUGAUCACUGCUAUGCUGGACCUGAAGAUGUGGCCUGUGAUUUCUGCACUGGAAGAAAACUGAAAGCCAUCAAGUCCUGUUUAGUCUGUYUGGCCUCUUWCUGUGAGAAACACCUUCAGCCUCAUUAUGAUUCAGCUACAUUUAAGAAACACAAGCUGGUGGAGCCGUCCAAGAACCUCCAGGAGAACAUUUGCUCUACACAUGAUGAGGUGAUGAAGAUGUUCUGUCGCACUGAUCAGAAGUGUAUCUGUAGUCUUUGUUUACUAGAUGACCAUAAAGGCCACAACACAGUGUCAGCUGCAGCAGAAAGGACUGAGAGGCAGAGAGAGCUGGAGGAGAGACGAGGAAACAUCCAGCAGAGAAUCCAGGACAGAGAGAAAGAUGUGAAGCUGCUUCAACAGGAGGUGGAGGCCAUCAAUCACUCUGCUGAUAAAACAGUGGAGGACAGUGAGAAGAUCUUCACUGAGCUGAUCYGUCUCCUCCAGAAAAGAAGCUCUGAUGUGAAGCAGCAGAUCAGAUCCCAGCAGGAAACUGAAGUGAGUCGAGUCAAAGAUGUUCAGGAGAAGCUGGAGCAGGAGAUCAGUGAGCUGAAGAGGAAAGACGCUGAGCUGGAGCAGCUCUCACACACAGAGGAUCACAACCAGUUUCUCCUCAACUACCCCUCACUGCCAGCACUCAGGGAGUCGACACACUCAUCCAGCAUCAACAUCCGUCCUCUGAGACACUUUGAGGACGUGACAGCAGCUGUGKCAGAGCUCAGAGACAAACUACAGGACGUCCUGAGAGACUCAUGGACAAACAUCUCACUGAUGGUCACUGGGGUGGAUGUUUCACCGUCAGAACCAGAACCAAAGACCAGAGAUGAAAUCUUGAAAUAUUCAUGUGAAAUCACUCUGGAUCCAAACACAGCUCACACACAACUGGUACUAUCAGAGGGGAACAGGAAGGUUACAAUUACGGAUCAGCCUCAGUCUUAUCCUAGUCACCCAGACAGAUUCACUGGUUGUCGUCAGAUUCUCAGUAAAGAGAGUCUGACUGGACGUUGUUACUGGGAGGUGGAGAGGAGAGGGACAGAGGUUUAUGUAGCAGUAGCAUACAAGAACAUCAGCAGAGCAGGAGGUGUAUUUGGAUGUAAUGACAAAUCCUGGGCUUUAAUUUCUUCCCAAAACCAUUAUGAAUUUGGUCACAACAACAUCUGGACCUCCGUCUCAGGUCCAGUUUCCUCCAGAGUCGGAGUGUACCUGGACCACAGAGCAGGUAUUCUGUCCUUCUACAGCGUCUCUGAAUCCAUGACUCUGAUCCACAGAGUCCAGAUCAGAUUCACUGAGCCGCUACUGGCUGGAGUUUUGCCUUGGACCACUGGAGACUCUGCAGAGUUUCGUAAACCCAAAUAGUUUCUCUUGCUGAUCAGGGUUCAUUGUUCCGAUGCUCUGCUGUUCUUUAUUUUUCUGGGGGGGGGGGUUGAAAGCAAAAUCAUUAUUAUGUGACACUUAAACAAUUCUAAUAGUUUUGCUUUAGUAUUUGUAUUAAUGUAUUUGGAUGUUCUGGUUUCUCUUCCUUUGCUCUCAAGAACAAAUGUUGUUCUUGUUUAAAUCAGUUUAGAUUUAUCUGAACUUUCUUCUGUUUUCUUUAUUGUGAUCCAAAAAAGAAAAUUAAACCAACAUCAACUUAGAACUGAUGCUGCUUUCGCCUAAAUUCUUCAUAUUUAGAUCAGGAAAAUACAUGUCUGAUGUCU